CCCAAUAACCUAAGAUUCCUUUGACCGACAGUCUUCAUAUUUGGCAUGGAGGUUGGUCAUGAUGAGUAGAUGACCCCUAUUGAUUUUGAGGUCACCGGUCAAAGGUCAAGGUCACAGGGGCCUUGACUUCAAAAAGCUUGUCCGCCCAAUAACUUAAGAUUCCUUUGACCCACAGUCUGUAUUUUGGCAUGGAGGUUAGUCAUGAUGAGUAGAUGACCCCUAUUGAUUUUGAGGUCACUGGGUCAAAUGUCAAAGUCACAGGGGCCGUGACUUCAAAAAACUUGUCCGCCCAAUAACUUAUGAUUCCUUUGACCCACAGUCUUCAUAUUUGGCAUGAAGGUUGGCCAUGAUGAGUAGAUAACCCCUAUUGAUUUUGAGGUCACCGGUCAAAGGUCAAGGUCACAGGGGCCUUGACUUCAAAAAGCUUGUCCGCCCAAUAACUUAAGAUUCCUUUGACCAACAGUCUUCAUAUUUGGCAUGGAGGUUAGUCAUGAUGAGUAGAUGACCCUUUUUGAUUUUGAGGUCACCAGGUCAAAGGUCAAGGUCACAGGGGCCUUGACUUCAAAAAGCUUGUCCGCCCAAUAACUUAAGAUUCCUUUGACCAACAGUCUUCAUAUUUGGCAUGGAGGUUAGUCAUGAUGAGUAGAUGACCCCUUUUGAUUUUGAGGUCACCAGGUGAAAGGUCAAGGUCACAGGGGCCUUGACUUCAAAAAGCUUGUCCGCCCAAUAACUUAAGAUUCCUUUGACCCACAGUCUUCAUAUUUGGCAUGGAGGUUAGUCAUGAUGGAUAGAUGACCCCUAUUGAUUUUGAGGACACCGGGUCAAAGGUCAAGGUCACAGGCCUUGACUUCAAAAAGCUUGUCCGUCCAAUGACUUAAGAUUCCUUUGACCCACAGUCCUCAUAUUUGGCAUGGAGGUUUAUCAAAUCAUUAAUAGGUGACCCCUAUUGAUUUUAAGGUCACUGGGUCAAAGGUCAAGGUCACAUGGACUUUAACUUCAAAAAGCUUGUCCGCCCAUUAACUUAAGAUUCCUUUUACCCACAAUCCUCAUAUUUGGCAUGGAGGUUAGUCAUGAUUAGUAGGUGACCCCUAUUGAUUUUAAGGUCACUGGGUUAAAGGUCAAGGUCACAUGGACUUUGACUUCAAAAAGUUUGUCCGCCCAUUAACUUAAGAUUCCUUUGACCCACAGUCUUCAUAUUUGGCAUGGAGGUUGAUCAUGACGAUAAGGUGACCCCUAUUGAUUUUUAGGUCACAGGGACCUUGACUAAAAAAAGCUUUUCCCAUCAAUUGUUUAAGAAUGCCUGUCCGCAGUGUAUUGAUUUUGACAUUUUCACAUUUGAAGCAUGUAGAAUACAUAACAUAGCAAUGCACUGGCUUAGUAACCUCAGAUUUGGCAGGGAGGUUGUCCUUGAGCUCUAAAUGGCCACUGUUGAUUCUUACAAAGUGGUAUGCGGGGGUAUUCACUCCAUGACAUAAUGAAAAUGACAUAGUUCACAAUGAAAUUGGUGGCACUGAAAAUGUGCAAUCAAUGAAAGAUUUGAAAUCAACAGAAUGUAGUGAACCAAAUACAUGUAAUGAUGACUCCUUCAGAAAGGAUGUCACCAGAAGUGUCAAACAUUGCAAAAAUCAGGUAAAAAGGCAAUUUGACGACAGCACUGAAAAUGAAAAUUAUUCUGAUAGCUAUAAGUCCACUGUGAAUAGAUCUGUAAAAAUAGAAAAAGACAGUGACAGAUCAACAAGCAUUGGUACCAGUUACAGAUCAACAAGCAUUGGUACCAGUUGUGGGAUAUCAAGCCUGCUGAAAGAUUCAGAACCAACAAAUGUUGAUGAUGGGAUAGAAAUUGACAUGUAUGUACAGUAUAUAAAGAAACAGUCACAGAGAAAGGAGAUGAGAAGAAUAAAGAAGAAGAAGGAAACAAAUAAAUGUUCAAAAAGUGUGAAUAAAUUGAAAGUUGGUCACCACAAGUAUACUGUAAAGAAAAAUCAGUCUGUUAAUAAAGAUUCAAGGGGUUGUAACCAACAGAAAUUAAUAAGGGCAAUAUCUGUCUUAAAUCAAAAAGGCAAGAAAAAGAAAAGUGGUUGUUCUGUUAGCAGUAUGAAAGAUGGUAUUGAUGGACUAGGUCUUAUUCUACAAAGUAAAGCUAAUAAGGUAGUAACUGAACGCUUUUUACCUGGUGGCGAGUCAAAAUCUUUUAAUUCAGCUGACCCUUUAAAAAUUCAGAGUCAGGUCAUUAAUGAACAAGUUAUUGAAGCUGACAUUGCCUCUAGUCAUUCCGAUGAUGCUAAGUUAGAUCCAAGGAGAGUUUGUAACAAUGAUGUAACUACACAUAAUGUUGAAGGUACAGUUGAAUUAAGAGAUGCAGAAAAUGCUGCACCAAAUAAUAAUCAGAGCUCACAAAACAGAAGAUCAGAUGAUGUUUUCGAAACAAAAGAAGACAGUGCUUGCUUUCCACCAUCAGGUAUACACACAGCUACAAAGACCUCUAGGGAAGCUAGUCCCAGUCCAAUCAGAUUAUCAAGUUCUUGUUUGGAUGAUGAAUGUAAUUCAGUGCGAAAGGUUAGUGUACAGGUUGUUCCAAAUCAACUGUUACAAUCUGAAGAGCAGUCUGAUGUCAAAGUUGGUCAAGGUGCAAGUCCAAUGUCAUGGAAUACAAAUCGUAAUAAUGAUAAUUUUUUCAAUCUGAAAUUUAAAGUGAAUGGAGAAAAAUCACCUAAGAAAAAAAUUGACCCCAUAUUUAAAGAAGAGGACUUAAAUCAUAUGAUGCCACUGAAAAGAGUAACAUGGUUGCCAAUAAAUGAGUUACCAGUACCUGAAAUAGAUCUUACAGUUGCUCACCUUACAAAUUUUGAACCUAUAAUGGAAAUUAUUGACCUCAUUACUGCAGGGACACCACCAACACCACAUGUCUCUAUGAGGUAUGAACUGCUCCGUUUCUGUACCUUACGUAGCUAUCCAAGAGAAGACAAACCAUGUCUUGUCAAAUUAUCUGAAGCUGGUUUUUAUUAUGCAUCAGAUGGUGAUGGUGUUGUCUGCUAUUGUUGUGGAAUUCGUCGAUAUAAUUGGACAGCAGAAGAUAACCCUAGGAAAAUUCAUGAGAGAAUAAACCCAAGCUGUAAGUUCUUGAGAAAAAAUGAAGAAGUGAAUGUACCAGUGCAGUACUUUGGACCAUACAGUAAAGAAUUAAUGGCUAUUAUGGAGAUACCUGAACCUAAAGUAAGACCUCAGGUCAGUGAAGAUGUUAAUAAUGACUGGGCUCCUGAGAGAAUACGUGCUCCAGCAUCACAACAACCAAACAGAGCUAAUGAAUCAGGAACAAAUGCGCUUGAUAAACCUAAGCACUCUCAGUAUGCUACAAAGACGGCUAGAGAAGCCAGUUACGGUACCUGGCCUGAUACAUCCAGCCAUACACCAGAGGUACUUGUUGAUGCAGGCUUCUUCUAUGCUGGUUUUGGAGAUUGUGCCAGAUGUUUCUAUUGUGGCAUUGGCUUGCGUCAUUGGACAGCAGAAGAUGACCCUUGGAUAGAGCAUGCUCGGUGGUCCAAGAACUGUGUGUUUGUUAAACAGAAGAAAGGAGAAGAGUUUGUGAACCUAGUCCAGUUAGCUGUACAAUAUGCUCAAGAUAAUGAAGCUAACCCCAGUG